UUCUUCUCGCGAGAUCACGCACGUCGACAUGGCGGUCCUCCUUGAAACGACGCUCGGCGAUGUUGUGAUUGAUUUAUUCACAGAAGAAAGGCCGAAAGCUUGCCUCAACUUUCUGAAAUUAUGCAAGAUAAAAUACUACAACUACUGCCUUAUCCACAAUGUACAGAGAGAUUUCAUCAUCCAAACUGGGGACCCCACUGGGACGGGUCGAGGUGGAGAGUCAGUCUACUGCAAACUGUACGGGGACCAGGCCCGCUUUUUUGAUUCAGAGAAAGCACCACGUAUCAAACACAGAAAAAAGGGGGCAGUGUCUAUGGUUAACAAUGGGAGUGACCAGCAUGGUUCACAGUUCCUCAUUACCACCGGCGAAAACCUGGAUUACCUUGAUGGUGUGCACACUGUUUUUGGGGAAGUGUCAGAGGGAUUGGAUGUUGUGGCUAAAAUCAAUGAGACAUUUGUCGACACAGACUUUGUCCCAUUUCAGGACAUCAGAAUAAACCACACUGUGAUCCUUGAUGACCCAUUUGAUGAUCCUCCAGAUCUCUCCGUGCCUGAUCGGUCUCCCGAUCCCACCAAAGAGCAGCUAGAUAGUGGGCGGAUUGGAGCAGAUGAAGUCAUAGACAAUGCAGAUGGGAAAGCAGCUGAAGAAGUGGAGGAGAGGCUUAAGGAGAAAGAAGCCAAAACCCGUGCCAUCCUGUUGGAGAUGGUGGGCGACCUCCCUGAUGCAGAUGUAAAGCCUCCAGAGGAUGUGCUAUUUGUGUGCAAACUAAACCCAGUGACCACAGAUGAGGAUCUGGAAAUCAUCUUUUCUCGCUUUGGACACAUUAAAACCUGUGAAAUCAUUCGUGACUGGAAGACGGGAGAUUCCCUCUGCUAUGCUUUCAUUGAAUUUGAAAAGCAAGAAGACUGCGAAAAGGCCUACUUCAAAAUGGAUAAUGUGCUAAUAGACGAUCGACGCAUUCAUGUCGACUUCAGCCAGUCUGUGUCAAAGAUCAAAUGGAAAGGGAAAGGCGGAAAGUACACCAAAGAAGACUUUAAGGCUUAUGAGAACGACUUGGAGAAGCGAUCCAAACUGACUCUGAAAGAUCAAGUGAAGCCCAAACAAGAUUCCCGAUAUGACCUACUGCUGGAGGAAGAGGAGGUGCCGGGACGACAUCACUCUGAGAAAAAACACAAAGAUAAGAGAGAUCAUCAACAUUAUCAUCAUUCCGAUGCAGAGGGAAGCAAGAAGUCCAAAAAGCACAAGGACGACGAAGUCAGCCGACGGGACAGGAAGUCAGACCGGCAGCCGUCCCACUCACGUUCCCGCUCCAGAGACAGGGACCACAAGCAUGCCAAGUCCCGGGAAAAACAUAGGAAAGAGGGCCAGGUCAGGAGUCAAAGGAGUCGCAGUCGUUCGCCCAGGAAGUCGAAGGACAAAGACAGAAGCAGAUACAGAUGAAGAGCAUGUUUCAUCUGUCCUCAUAAUAGAGCAGUGAAAACUAUUCUACUGCCUCUUCUGUAUGUCAUAUUGUCUUAAAUAAGGAGCAUGCUUUUCAUGAGACCGCUCCAUAGACUACUUUCAAGUAGGUAGUGUGUCCCUUAACCUACAGUACACUAUAUGAACAAAAGUCGUGGGACACUUGGCCAAUGUGUUUGCCCAUUUCAACUGUAAUAGCUACAUCAUGGGAGGAGAGUCUACUGAAGUAUAAAAUCUGAUCGUGCAAUUGUCUGACUUUGGCAUCAAUAUCAGUGAAUACAGUAAUUCAGGUUAAAUUGUGAAACAAAAAUCUUUCGUUUUUACCCUUGAUAUAAUGUAUUGAGUUAAAAUGCACACAACACAACAAAUCUUCCCCCUUCACAUGAGGUAUGUAACAUUUUCCUGCUUCUACAGCUAUUCUUUUUCUCUCUCUCUCUCUCUCUCUCUCUCUCUGUCUGUCUCUCUCCCUCCCCCCCCUUGCUUAGCUGUCACUUAAAGCUUCAAUCUACUAAUGAGAUUCCAGUGCAAGUACACUUGCAUUGUAGUCAUGCAAGAUCCAUUCACUUGUGCAAACACACACCUUAAGUGCAGAGUGUGGGGAUCAAAGAUCAUUCGUUCAGCAGGUCAAGUUUCACUGGAAUUCGGCCUGCAGGUAUUGAAUGAGGGACAGCGAGAGAGGAAAUAAUUUGGUAUACAGUAUGUGAUUACAGGGCUGGACUGGUGACAGUGGGCGGCCCAUUGGUCCAUCUUCAAUAUACAAUCCUGAUUCCAAUGAAGUUGGGACAUUCAUUGGAAUCGGGAUUGUAUAUUGAAGCAGAAUACAAUGAUUUGCAAAUCAUGUUCAACCAGUUCAAUUGAAUACACUACAAAGACAAAAUAUUUAAUGGUCAAACUGAUAAACGUUUGUUUUUACCAAAUAAUCAUUAACUUAGAACUUUAUGGCUGCAACAUGUUCCAAAAAAGCCUGGACAGGUGGCAAAAAAGAUGGAGAAAGUGGAGGAAUGCUCCUCAAACACCUGUUUGGAACAUCCCACAGGUGAACAGGCUCAUUGGGAACAGGUGGGUGCCAUGAUUGGGUAGAAAAGGAGCUUCCCUGAAUGCAAAGAUGGGGCGAGGUUCACCUCUUUGUGAACAAG